AACCACGAGCGAGUGUCCGCGCCAUCUGUUGCCGUUUCGUAAAAAUAAAUGCGGAUCACGUGACGAGUAUCUACCGGGAAGCCACGGAUAAUACGUAUUUGAAGGUUAUAGAUUGAAUUGUUUGGAAACAUUUUUGAGCAACAGAUAUACUCGCAACUAACGUUAUGGGGAGAGCGUGUUGCGUCUUGGGAUGUCCGUCUGGUGGAGAUGCCCCGUCUCACCAGAUUCCCAAGAAUCCGAUCCUUUUUCAGAAAUGGAAAAACAUGAUCUACUCUGAGAAGAUUCAACAUCUGACCGACGAGCAGAUAAGCAAAUGUGCCGUGUGCUAUCGGCACUUUGCCGAUGAUGAUUAUCUAGUGACGUUUAGAGUGAGGAAAUUGAAGCGCGGCAUUGCGCCUUCUUUAAACUUGCCAAACAAGCCUGCUACUAAUAAUGGCAAGCCUAGUAUAGUUAAAAUAGAAUCGGAUAUCGAAAUGGAAAUGUCCGAUCCGGAAACAAGCAUGUUUCUUGAAAAUCUGAAAACGGAAAGUCAAGAACCUGAAACGGAAGUAUCAGAAAUUGCAUUAUUCGAAGAUAUUCCAGAAGAAACUGAAUCCUAUUUUCACAAACAGCUGCAACAAAUUUCACCUAAUAAGCAUAAUGUAAAAGAAAACGAUUCAAAGGCAGAAGCAUUUAAAGUGUGUUGCAGAAAAAAAGCACUGAAAAGAAAACAAAGAAAAUUAAUGGCCAAGAAAUUAGUAUUACUUCGACUUAAAAAACAAGCCGAACAAUAUGAAAAAACACCUGCGAUACAGAAGCUCUUAUCUUCUUUAACACCUACUGAAAUAGCAUUAGCCAAAGCCAAAAUACGAAUGUCAAAAUAUUUACCAAAAGUAUAUAUAAGAGUAUAUUAUGACAUUGCUAAGAGAAAAGCUCUUGGCCAAUUAUAAAAUUUAUUAAUUUGAGACAAAUGUCAAAACUGAGAGGAUGAGAAAUUAAGAUGCGCAACCUAUUAUCUCAUUCCACACACGAUGGAGAGAUAAAGAAAGCAUGCGAUACAUUAUAAUAUAUAACUGAUAGCUAUCAAUAACAUUGCAGGGGCUCAUAUAAGAAAGAAUUAAUUAUGUCAAAUUUACCAUGAUAACAUAACGAGCAUAAUAUAUGAUGACUACAGAAUAAUAAAUAUACUGGAUACGAUUUUAUUACAUAAUGAAGUUGCAAUUUAUUAGAGAUUUUUCUUUGAACACAUGGGAAAGGUACGAGUGAAAACGAAUCGCAUGCAAGAUAAUCGUUCGAGCAUUGUGUUGACACAACGGUGGUUUUACUGUAUUUUUAAAAACGAAUACAUGAAAUAUACAUUUAUAAUUUUAUAUAUAUAUAUAUAUAAUUGGUAGAAGGAUUAUAUUCUCUGAAUAUAGACCUCUGAACGCUAUCUUAUCACUAACGACGUCGUAAAGAGUAUAACGUAUCCUCUCUGAACACAUAAUCUUGACGGGGAUUAUUCUGUUGAGCACUUUACUCGUCAGUGAUAUAUCUUUUUGUUUUCUUUUCCUUUUACUACGCGAGAGAAUCGCUAUACUGACAAUAAUCCGGUGGUCCGCGUUCAGGAAACGCGCCGAUAAAUACUUAUCCGCGCGUGAUCGAUUCCGCGGGACGGUGGGAAUAAAGCCGAUCGUAUCGGUACAAAUUAGAAGUACACAGCAAAGAUACACCCUUUAGGAUCGGUUGUCAUGUGCGUGAAGUAUUUUUCGAGCGUAACACACAUCCAAAAAGUCAUCCGACAAAUUACGUUGAAAAAUAUUCUCAUUUAUACAUUUAUUUUUAUCUAUACAUCUCUUAUCAAUUUAUAUUUUGAAGGUGCUGCGUGUAUGUAUUUUAUUUUCUUCCUCUACAUCCAUUCACUAAUUACGAAACACUGCAAUUUCAAAAUGUAUUCGAUCCUAUGACCGAUCUCAAAGAGAGUCAGUGUGUUUUGUCAUCUGUAUAUAAUUAGGAAAUACUUUCCCUUUAGUUGCAUGUAAUUAUUAUAUUACAGAACGCGCGUUAGCUGGCUUCAUACUUUCUUCACAUUGCUGAUUCUUUUUCACGGAAUUCGACGGUUUGAAAAAUGUACCGAGUAGAAAAUUACUCAAAUUCUAAAAUUUCGAUCAAAGAUUUCUCUAAGAAUUUUUCAGCGUUUUUACUGUAAAUAAAUACAAGAAUACAACAAGUGAAUAAG